UUUUCAAAUCGAUUUGUGUCUCAAUAAUAACAAUCACUGAAAACAAUAAAAUGUAUCGAAAAGGAGAAAAAUACAAAACAAAGCCUGGACGAACAUAUUUCUUUAUAAAUCAGCCUGGUUUUCCGGAAAAAAAAUUUACCGAGGCCAUCAACACAUACUGCAAUGCUUUAAUAAACAGUGAUGGUGGAAUUAUAGUUUUUGGUGUGGAUGAUUCUGGGUAUGUAAAUGGCUUUGAGCUUUCAAGAAAGUAUGAAGACAUGUAUAAAUUACGUUUUGAUGCUGCCAUACGACAAAUGAGACCUACAAUUCAUCCUCAUCAAUACAGGCUAAAUGUCAUGUACAUUGAAAAGCAACGACGUGCCAUAUUUGAGAUCAGAAUGUCUGCAGGCGAGUUAGAACACAUUUAUGAAAACUCAAAGCAAGAAAUGUACAUUGUUAAAGAUAAAAAAUUGUAUGGGCCAUUACAUCCUUGUGAAAUUCAUCAAAUUGUUUUAGCUAAAUUUAAAGAGGAGAUAUCAACUCUCAUCAUUAAAAAUAAUCAACCUCAACAGAUGAAAUUACAAAAUCAAGAAGAAAUCAUUGCUUUAGAAAAUUCAACAGUAAAAAAUACAAUACCAUCCCAAAUUGAGGAGAAGAAAGCACAAAUAAAUAUAAGCUCAGAUGAUCUUGAAAUUGUUAAAGUUGUCAAGAAGUCAAAAUUGAACAAAAUAACAUGGCCUUAAAGAUGUUUCAUUAGAGUAUCGAGUAAAGAGAUUCUUACAAAGUUGAUGAUAAUAUUUAUUGCCUUUCAAGAAUCAAAAUUUUGCACAUUAGAAAAGAAAACUUUCAUUAUUCAUGUUAAUAUUUUAAAUUUACCAUUAUAAAUUCAUUGCUUAAUUAAAGCAGGAGUUUGUAUUUUAUAAAAACUCCUCAUGAA